AUGUCGAAAAUUGGAAUCAACUUCAUUGAAGUAACCUAUCUGAAUGUAUUUUUACUGAUCACACUUUUUGACGGUGGACAUUCAACUAAACUCAGUGGAGAACUUAUCAAGACUGAUCCUUUUGGUGGAUCGAUUACGAAUGUGCGAGGCAUUCUUGUUGGACACAGUUCGAAAGUUGAACGACCAACCGGAUGUACCGUUAUAUUGUGUAAUACGACAUGUGUCGGUGGUGUUGAUGUUCGUGGUUCAGCCCCUGGAACACGCGAAACUGAUCUUCUCGAUCCAAUAAAUAUGGUUCAGAUUGUUAAUGCUAUUGUUCUAUCUGGUGGCAGUGUAUUUGGACUUGAUACAGCAUCUGGGGUAGUUCGAUGUCUCGUUGAAAAGAAGAUGGGCUUUCAAACUUCUGAGCGUCCAGUUCCUAUUGUACCAGCUGCUGUAUUGUAUGAUUUGAGUGUUGGUAAUGAUUCAUUUGUAGUGCCAGAUGCCAACUUGGGCUACUCAGCUUGCUUAGCAGCUGACAACUCACGUGUCAUCGAGGGUAACGUAGGCGCUGGUACUGGCGCUAGUGUCGGGAAGUUAUUUGGAAUGAAAUAUGCCAUGAAAGCAGGGCUUGGCAGUACGUCGCUAACUGUUCGAGAUCCGACUACGAAUGUUUCAGUCACAGUUGGCUCACUUGUUGCUGUUAAUGCCGUUGGAGAUGUAUAUAAAAAUGGCAAAUUAAUAGCUGGUGCUCGGACCUUGGAUGGCAAGCAAUUUCUAAAUACAAUACACACCUUAAUUGGCAUCGGUGCCAAUAUUACCAGAAAUUCUGGGUUUGGAACUGCAACAACAAUUGCCUGCGUAGCAACAGAUGCCAAACUCACUAAAGCUCAAGCGAAAAAAGUCUCACAGAUGGCUCACGAUGGAUUUUCUCGAGCAAUCAAUCCUAUUCAUACCAUGUUCGAUGGAGAUGUCAUCUUUACGUUAGCAACUGGGCUUGUUCCUAUCUCUGAUGUUAAUUUAAUCGGUAUUAUGGCAGCUGAAACUAUUGAACGUGCGAUCAUUCGAGCAAUUGAGCAAGCAACUGGCAUUCCUGGUCUUCCCAGUAUACAUGAGUUGAGCUCAACAGGUCACGAAAAUACUGAUCUUUGUACUGGUCCAACUUAA